AUGCUGCUGCUCUGGACACUGCUGUUGUACUGGCGGCUGCUACACGGAGCCCAAGGGACAACCCAUAGUCCUCUCCUCCUGCGGAUCAGCGAGAGCCAGCUGGAAACAGACAUUUCAGAUCUGUUCACUGAGCACCAGGUCCUCAAGGGUCUGAUCAGGAUGCCUGUGACUGGAUCCCCAAGUGAGGGUGUGUCUGUCCUGGACACCCUGCCCUUCGCCAGAAAGGAGUUGGUUAGGAAGAAGAGCGGGCUGGAUUUGUCGCUCGUAGGGGACCUGCUCUCUGGGAAGACCAUGCCUGAGCUGAAGAAGUUACUGGAGACAACUGGGUUGGUCAUAGAAGAUGCCAAGGGACCGGAAGUCACCCUGGAAAUUUUAAGUGACAGCCUGCUGCAGAUCACACUGCGCUGCAAACUGUACCUCUCGCUCCUGGAGAUCCUGUGGCUGGAAGUCAUCAAGAACAUACGCAUUGGAGUACGGCUAGAACAGAUAGGGAACAAGACCCAGGUGGCCUUCGAGGAGUGCCAUACACCACCUGGAAGCCUCAACAUUGAGAUCUUGAAGCAAGCAGACACCCUGUUGCCAAACCAGCUGCUGAAACUGGUGACUGAGAUCCUGGACGAGUCACUGCCGUUCCUCCUCCAAAAGAUAGUGUGCCCUGUGACCACAAACCUCCUCAACUUCCUGCUGGAAGACCUGCUACACAUCGUUCUUCCUCCAAUCAUUUCGGGUCCCAAUGAUUUCCAGUACUAUGUGACCAGCACGGAGUUCACAGAGGGAGCCAUCCUGAUGGAAGUGCAGCUUGUGACUCCCUGUGGCCUACACCAGCGGGCCUCAAGGCCGGAGCAUGUGGUUCCCCCACCUCUCCCAGCAUUAGCCCAGGACAGCAUGGCAGACUUUGCCUUUUGGCUCGAAAUCUACAAUGACAUCUUGUCCUGUCUGUACACCAGUCAGGAGAUCUUCGUGGAGCCCCAAGACUCCUCAGAAACCAGCCUGUGGGAGUUGUUGUCCCUGAGUGCCCCAACACCCAGGCCAGAGGUGUAUAAUCUGACCAGAGGGAGCCCGGGACUGAUCAUCAGCGCUCUGGAUCCCCCCACUGUCCUCCUUGAUGACGUCGGGGCCACAGUCACCCAGCAGGGCUUACUGAUGCUGCAGGGGACCAACAAUGCCUCCUUUGGUGCAAUUGCCUGGCGACUCCUCUCCAAAGCUGCGUUCUCCACAAGAAGUCAGAAACUAAAACUCCAGUUCACGCCACACAGCACUGUUGUCACCUUGGGCUCCUACCCCACCAUCAUUGAGAAGCAGGAAGAGCAUCUGAAGGCCUUGCUCUUGGUGGUCCUGAAGAGACGGUUCCUGCCUCACCAUAACGAGUGGCUCAGAGAGCAUGGCCUCCCACUGCCCAACAUAAAGGGCAUCUACUUCAGUCAGGCCCAAAUGGACUUCUCUGAGAAUUACAUACUACUGACCAUUCCCGAGUAG